CACUGUUGGUUACAAUUCAUUUCAAAGAACCUAAAGGAUCUAGGAGAAAAUAGGUCACAUGCACUUCAUCUCAUGUCACAUGCUUCCUAUCGAGAGGCCAAUGAGGUUUUAGACCUCUAUACAUUUGAACAAGAUAAUUUUAUCCAUUCACAUUUUCAUCUCUUCUCAAUAUGAAAAGAGUGACCAUCUGUUUGAAACCCACAUCAGUCUAAAUAAUUUCUAAAGCAGCUUUUCCUUUUGGAGGGGAAUGAUCAUAAGUGCCAGCAGAUUGCAGAUGACACCAGAUUUAAAGAAGUGAAGUGCAUGCCCUGAUCCAAUGUCUGGAUGUAAUGAAAUGACAGGCAAUCUCCUGUGGAGAUAUAUCUUUAUUUCUUUGAGUCUCCAAACUUUCUACAUCAUCCAAUAUUCCAAGAAUAUGGAAUCUAAAGUCUCUGAAGGUGGUCUGAAUGUAACUCUCACCAUCAGAUUAUUGAUGCAUGGAAAGGAAGUUGGAAGCAUCAUUGGGAAGAAAGGAGAGACAGUAAAAAAGAUGCGUGAGGAGAGUGGAGCACGAAUCAAUAUCUCAGAAGGAAACUGUCCAGAAAGGAUUGUGACCAUUACAGGCCCUACUGAUGCCAUCUUCAAAGCAUUUGCAAUGAUUGCUUAUAAAUUUGAAGAGGAUAUAAUCAACUCAAUGAGUAACAGCACAGCUACAAGUAAGCCACCAGUUACAUUAAGGUUGGUUGUACCAGCAAGCCAAUGUGGAUCAUUAAUAGGUAAAGGAGGCUCCAAGAUUAAAGAAAUCAGGGAGUCUACAGGUGCUCAGGUUCAGGUGGCGGGGGAUAUGCUGCCCAACUCUACAGAAAGGGCAGUGACCAUCUCAGGGACCCCCGAUGCAAUUAUCCAGUGUGUCAAACAGAUCUGUGUGGUGAUGCUGGAGAUUUUCAAGUCCCCACCAAAAGGUGCCACCAUCCCCUAUCGCCCAAAGCCUGCCUCCACCCCUGUCAUUUUUGCAGGUGGUCAGGUAAGAGCCGACCCACUUGCAGCCUCCACUGCCAACCUCAGCCUUUUACUGCAGCACCAGCCGCUGCCUGCCUAUACUAUUCAAGGACAAUAUGCAAUUCCACAUCCAGAUCCACAUCACACUUUUGGCAAUGAAUUCAGUUUGCAAUCAAUUACUAAUCCAAGAUCUUUUUUGCAACAGUUGACCAAGCUCCACCAGUUGGCUAUGCAGCAAACCCCCUUUACUCCCCUUGGACAGACCACCCCUGCUUUCCCUGGAGAAAAGCUGCCCUUACAUUCCUCCGAAGAAGCUCAAAAUCUGAUGGGCCAAUCCUCAGGUUUGGAUGCCAAUCCCCCAGCCAGUACUCAUGAACUCACCAUUCCCAAUGAUUUAAUAGGCUGCAUAAUUGGACGCCAAGGGACCAAAAUUAAUGAAAUCAGGCAGAUGUCUGGAGCCCAGAUCAAAAUUGCCAAUGCCACAGAAGGCUCAUCAGAGCGUCAGAUCACCAUCACAGGAACCCCAGCUAACAUCAGCCUUGCUCAAUACCUCAUCAAUGCCAGGGUCCUGAGCUCCAGUUGCCUACCCAAUGUAGGAGGGAGGCUGACAAAGACUCGGGGGAGAUCCCAAAAUGGAGAAGAAAGAGAAACCCAUCACUGGCACAGAGAAGGAGAAACCUGUCACUAGCACCGCAACCACAACUACUACAUCGGUGCAUGGAGUGCCGGCUAUUGCACUGAUAGAAAGUGUAAUUUCAGAUUCUCCAAUGGCAGGGGCGAGACCAAAAACCCAGGAGCUCAUCUGGUGAUCUGACUGGACCCUGCCUAGUGGAGACUCGAAGUGUUCAGAAGCGGGCCAGCCAAAGGGAGGUUCUUCAAAAACAGCCAAAGUUGAAUUUUCACUGCCUGCACCACAAAGAAUACACUCUCCUGAUCAUAAAGGGGCUAAAAGCAUGGCACUGUUGGACGACUCAGACGAGUGGGAGUACUUGACAGCAGUACAGAGCCAGCCAGCCAAGCACCUUAGGGAGAUAUUUGAAGAGCUGGAUGUGGGAAGCAAGGAGCACGCCACCCGUCCAUUACUGACCAGUGAAUGGAAUGAUGACUGUUGCCGAGACCGUCCCCAGGCCAGGAGAAAUCCUAGCCCCAUGCAAGGAGCCAAAGCAGCUUCCCCACCUUCGAGGUCACCAGUGUUGGCCUCAAGCCCAGUGCAGAGAAGUCUGAACCAUCAGCAGUGGUGUGCUAGCCCUGAUUGUCACCAACAGCCACUGACAGCCCUAAAUGCCGAGAAUGGAAUGUUAGCCCUGAGUGCCAUCACCCCUAUGAGAGUCCCGAUCGUUACCCAUGUCGCCGCAGCCCAGACUAUCCCAGCGCAGGGAGAGCCCUGAUCGUUACCGAAACCGGGACAGCCCUGACCGUCACUAUUACCAAUGAAGCCCUGAACUGCAUCACCAGCGACAUAGCCCUGAAUAAUAUCCCUGGUGCCAUGCCAGUCCCGAGGUCUUUCCCAGGGGGGAACAGGCAAGAGGUUUCCAACACGACCUGAUGCAGCAGUAUGGGUGAAUGCACAAUCUACUAGACAGGCAGCAAUGCAGGGCUGCUCUUCCUUUUAAAGCUACAUUUGAUGGGGACCCUGAGAAGUUAAAUUUCUUUUUAAAUCAAGUGCAUUCCCAUGUGAACCGCAAUGCCGAUGCCUAUCUAGAUCUGGCAGCAAUGGUUGAUGUCAUCACAGCUAAUCUGGAGGGAGAAGCUUCUGAGUGGCUUAAUAGUCUGCAUAACGAACAGGCACCUGAGCUAUGGAAUUUUAACCUUUUCAUCUGGGGAUUAAGAACCCGAUUUGAAGAUGAAUCCAUAGCCCUGCCAGCAGAGAAGGACAUUCACAAAAUGAAGUAAGCUGGCAGACCAGCGAAGGAAUAUAUGCACGAAUUCAGAAGAGUCGCAGGUCUUAUUGAACAGUGACCAGAAUGGUCCCUAGUGCACCAUUUCAAGAAUGGCCUGGACUACAAUCUAUUCCAAACGUGCAUCUACCGGGGAAUUCCUGACCAAUUACAAGAAUGGUACCGGAUAGUAGUGAAGAUGGAUGUCGAGCUAACCCAUUAUACAAAGUCUACGACUCCUGGGGUGGCUCCGAGACCAGAACCUGCUUAGACGACCACCUCCCUGUCAAACCCCAGCAAUGAGAGCAGCUGAACUCCCCAAAUCUUCUUUGACACCUCCGAUCAAGUGUUUCAGGUGUGGCCAGCCAGUCAUCAGGCAGCGGCUUGCCCAGUCCCAUUGCCCCAGCAGAGAAGCAGACCAGGGCCGCUGAAGAAGAAGAAAACUGCCCAGCAGCCGACCAGAGAAAAGUCAAGCUGCAUCGCACAGAAACCUAUGGCCCAGGUCACCUCGCCCACGCAGGAGAAGGUCGAGACUCCAGCUGAUCGACCACUGCACUGGCUCCCUACAACAGCAAAGAUGAAGGAGAAAACAACUCAAUGGCUGACGUCUGAGGUCACUGGAAUGGGUGCACUCUAAUUCGUCGCUUGUCAUCCUUAAUUCUACAUCACCCGACUCCAUCAAGUCAAUUAUCCUUCAUUCAGCUUGUACAAUCUGCAUAUUUACUACUUCACAUACCUGUUUUAUCUCUUAGGAUAUUUUUCUUCAGAAAGGAAUGUGUGCAUGCACAUCCAGACUCACACACUCAUGUUGAUAAGUUCUUUGCAUUUUGUGCUCCUGGUUUUCUUAAAAUUUAAUUUAUGAUCCGGGCCAGUCAGAUGUAAAGUGCAUACUAAUCUAAAUAGAUUUUGCUGAGGUUUUCUUUCAUUAAAUCUUCAAAGAAGACAUUCUCAUUAGCCACAGUUUAGCUGGACCUUGUUACCUUAAUUCUCUCAGCUUUUUUUCAGCACCUGCAGUAAUUCUGAGACUGAGCCUCAUUUAGAGCAAUAGAUGUUCAGUUAUGUCAUUAUUCUCUCAGUUUCUAAACCUUAUGCGUUCUUGCCUCAUCCUUAACAGUAUCCUUUAAAUCUGGCAUGGUUUCUUCCAUUAAACAGAGCAGGCAAGAGCCAGUGAACAUCAGCAGGAAAUCUCACUGGUUCCCUGGUGGUUUCUGUUGCUUUGGAGUGGCAUAGCUAGAACCAACCCUUCUCAUAAUCUCACAAGAAUCAACAAAGCUGGGGGGGGGGGAGAGAAACGGGACCUUUUCCUGAAAUGUGGAAAACAGAGAGCAUGAAACUAAACUAAAUUCAAAGUGUGACAGGAACUGCUGAACAGCCACCCACAGACUUUUGGACUUAGGUUAGGAAGCUCCAGUUUCUGUGAGCCAGUUGUGUUUGCCGUUGUUUAAAUUCAAUAAAGUCUGUGCAGCUUUGCUAGUAAUAAGU